GUACUUGGUAUUGUAAUUUGUAAGGAAAGAAAUAAAUAAAAAUCGUAAAAUAAAUAAUAAACCGUUCCAUUCCUCCGGCCCGUCGCGCGCUCUGGAACCAUAAAUCUCCGUCUUACUCUCAAACUCAAAACUCAAAUUCCAGAAACACAAUCUCUAUCCUUCUCAUUUUUCACUUUCACUUUUAGUUUCUCCAAAAACAUUCCUUUUUUUUGUUUAUUUAUCCCCUAAAAGCUUGUCUUCUAAUCUUCCCCCUUAAUUGAAACCAUAAAAACAAUUUUUUGGGUUUAGGGUUUGGAGGAGAGAUGGGCAAUUGGAGACAUCGACGACCCCGACGAUUUGACCGCCAAGAUAUAGCUCCUAAAUAUCCUCCUUCCUACCAUGUCCCUGAAUCUUCUUUUUCUGAGUUUUCUAAUGAUGGUGUGCCUUUGUGGGAAAAGAAAUUCUGCACUCUAGUUGGUAAAGUUUCGUGGCGGAAGAUAGUGGAUGCCAAGAACUUCACUAGCCACAACAAUAAUGUGCUCAACUGGGAUGAUUCAGCUGGAGAAGAAGCAUUUCGUAAUGCAAAAAGCCAGUAUUGGGCAAAAAUCAAUGGCUUCUCAUGUGACAUUUCUGCUCCUGAUCCGAAUGCUUAUAUCGAAGAAAUAAAUUGGAAUCCUUAUAUUGACCCUGAAUUAAUAAGGGAAUUAGAACGAGAAUAUUUUGCUCCCCCCACUGAGGUAGAAGAAGAUAGCGUGGUAGAGCAUGAAAACAAGAUAACAAGGAACCUUUCAUCUGCUCCAACAGAAGAGUGUAACACGAUCCCCUCUAAGGUUGAUGAUAAUCCUUGGGAAAGUAACAAUGUUACUCAGGGUAGUUCAAAGGAUUUUAUAAGCUGGGGCCAUUUGGUUCUUAAAGUUGAUGACGCAAGGAGUGGUAAUAAUCCUUGGGAGAGUAGCAUUACUCAGGGAAAUGAAAGUGGAAAGCAUAACUCAUGGGGGGAUUAUGGGUCUAGAGAUUGGAAUACUGGAAAUAAUUCUUGGGGUCAUAACUAUAAAGGCAUUGACUCGAAGAUGGAUGAUGGAUGGGGAGACUUCAAACGAACUUCAUGGGGAAGGAACCGACAAGAUGCUAAGGAGUUGCCGAAUAGGAAUAAUUCAUGGGAACGUAGCUAUGUUCAGCAUAAUGCAGGUUGUGAUGGAAAUUCAUGGGGUCGGAAAGCAGGGGGUAAUCAUGAUGUUGGAUCAAGAAAGUUGGACUACAAAAGUAGCAGCAGCGGGGGAGCAUGGCAUUCUGGUUCCCGGAAGAGGGAAGGUUCUCACCAGUAUACACCUGGCUACAAAAGCUCCAGGUUUCAACAGGAUGAUAAUCAAGCAAAUCAUUACUGGAGGAACACAAAAUCUAACAAGAGGGUUAGCUUUGUGCGCGAGUAGCCGUUUUUGCUGGCUAAUUUUUUUUUUGUUUGAAGAUUCUCCAUCCAUCAAGCCAUGAACAUCUUUUACUUCACUUUUUGUCUCAUAAGUAGGGGAUGGUGGUUCCUUUUUGUGCAAUUGGUGCCACAGCAUAGAGCAUACCAGAUAAUAGUGAACCUUCCCCUGAUUUUUCAGAAGAGUCUGGGAAGUUCAUACAUAUACCUUGUGAUCCAUAUAGACAUUUUUGUUUUGGUCCAUAAUUAUGUCCAUGAGACAAAGCUCUGCCAAUAGAAGUGUUAUUUUGUUAUUAAUUUACUGGUUACACUUACACAACAGUGUUAUUUUGUUGUUAA